AUGUUUGCAGAGAAAGAGCACUUGCUCGACCACUCCUCACUGUCGCCAUCACCACGUAAUAAUCGAAGAGGCUCUAUUAUCCCUCUCCUUGACCGCAACACCCAGGAAGUCCCUGCCUGCACACGCCACUCUUACCCCGCCGCCCCGCCACCCUACACCUGGCCUCUUCACAACUCGUCUGACACCACUCUCAUGGCUUCACAAGCUCCCAACCAGCCGCGCCCCUACUCCGGCAGCUACCUCUCCAAUGGUGGCGCUCCCUCCGGCCCGGCGCCCGGCGCUGUCCCGCUGCUCCCCAACCAAGGCCGCGUGAUCCAGCAAGGAAGUGUACGAGUGCUCUGCAUUGCUGAUGUACGGGGAAACCUGCAGUCGCUGAACCAGCUCGCCGCAGACGCUCGCGCCAACUACAUCAUCCACACUGGUGACUUCGGCUUCUACGACGACCGCUCGCUCGACCGCAUCGCCGACAAGACACUCAAGCACGUCGCACAGUACUCUCCCCUGUUGUCUGAAAGCGUCAAGCGCUCCAUCGCCCAGGCGCCACCACAGCCGCCGAUCAAGGAACGCUUCCAGCGCGAACACCUGCCCCUCUCCGAGCUGCCGUUGUUCCUGAACAAGACAUACACACUGAACGUGCCAGUCUACACAGUAUGGGGCGCCUGCGAAGACGUUCAGGUGCUGGAGAAGCUGCGAUCCGGCGAGUACAAGAUCGACAACCUGCACAUCAUCGACGAGGCGCACUCGCGGCUGCUAGACGUUGGCGGCGUGAAGCUGCGACUGCUCGGUCUGGGUGGCGCCGUGGUCAUGCACAAGCUGUUCGACAACGGCGAGGGCAGGACGACCAUUGCAGGUGGCCAGGGUACCAUGUGGACAACCCUGCUGCAGAUGGGCGAGCUUGUCGACACGGCGAAUCGAGUAUAUGAUCCUACCGAAACACGCAUCUUCGUCACGCAUGCUUCGCCUGCACGUGAGGGUCUGCUCAACCAGCUGUCCGUCACCCUGAAGGCCGAUUUCUCUGUAUCUGCCGGCCUCCAUUUCCGCUACGGCAGCUCGUACAACGAAUUCAGUGUCAACCCCACCCUGGAUCACUACCGCGGCAAGCUUGCUGCUUCCAAGGCCUCCUUCAACGACGUCUGGGACACUGUCAAGUCCGAGGUCGAGCCCGCCAUCGCCGACAGCGACUCGCAGCAGAGACUGCUCAACCUGGCCCUCGAGAUUGUCAACAAAAUGCCCACUGUCGCCAACGGCGGCAACCCCUUCGGUGGACCCACCCCUGGCCCCCAGAGCGGAGUCAUCGACGAGAGCGCCUUCAAGAACAUGUGGAACUUCAACCUUGCUGAUGCCGCCUAUGGCUGGCUCGUUCUCGACAUCGACAACGGCAGGAUCGGCACAGAGAUGCGCGCUCAGGGUUUCAACUUUGCCCACCGUGGUGGUAAGGUCGCGCCUCCAGGCCAGGCCGGACAGCCCGCCCCCGCCCCCGCCGUCGCAACCUCUGCCACCCCUGCUGCUCCCAGCCCUGCUCCUGGCACAUCGCCUGCUCAGGGGCGCCCUGCUAACGCUCCAGCGAACGCUCCUCAGCAGCCUCGUGCGGCUGUCGCCACCCCGCCGGUCCCCCAACAGCAGGCCAAGGCUGCUCAGCCAACACGCACCGGACCCUCUCCUGCACCUGCGGCUGCACCGAAGGACUCCAAGGCUGCUACACCUCAGCCUACUACUUCGAACAACAACACGCCCGCGAACGCCGCUGCCGAGAAGGCUAUCCCCAGCGAAGUCAAGUCAAACGGCAUAACGGCACCCGAAAAGGGCCCAGCAUCGCCUGCCCCUCGUGAGCCUGUGGAGCGCAAGGAGAGCAAAGGACUGUUCAUUACAGGUGUCAAGGAUGAAGAGGAGGCUAGGGGUCUUCUUGCCGAGGAGGACAGGUCCAAGAUUGAGAAGCUUGAGAAGAUCAAGCACUUCUUCGUCGCUCACUUCACUUCGCCUACCGACAUGCACGCUGCUCUUGGCCGUGUCUCAGCAGACGUUAAGAACGCCAGGGGUGGGCCAGACAAGCCGAGCGUCAAGAUCUACAACGAGCGUAGCAACACCCCCAGGUACGGUGCUGGCAGCUGGCAGGCGAGUAGCCGUGGUGGACCCGCAGGCACUGGUGGCUACAGGAGCGGAGGCGCUUCAGACAGCGAGGGUGGUCGCGGCGGACGUGGAGGACGUGGAGGCCGAGGCGGCGCUUUCCGUGGCGGCGAGCGCGGCGACCGUGGUGGUGGUCGCGGCCGUGGAGGACGGGGUGGAUUCCGUGGUGGAGCGGGUGAGGGUGGUGCCGCACCAGCAGCGACAGGAGGCGAGUCAUAA